CGCUCCAUUCAUAAACGCUAUAACUCGUAUGCAGGGUUAGGCAGUAAUCAUAACCUCUCUCACGUUUUUGUUUUGACAGCUCGCAAAUGACACGCGUUAUGAGCGAGCUUACAUGAUCGCGAUCGAAUUAUGAAUAAGAUUUCUCGCCUGAAGGGCGUGUGAAGUACGAUAAAGUAAUGUUUGUUUGUCGCGCAUUGUAAUAUAGUCCAUGAAAGAGAAUGUCCGCGAUUAUAGACGACAAGGUAGUCGCGGGUGCGAAGAGCUCAAAUAUCGUCAAGGAAGAUCCGAUCGUAGCUCUCACGGAGAGAGUCAAAGCUUUGUAUCUCUUCCGAGACCGCUAUUUUGAGACGCAUUCUAUCGACGAAGCGAUAAAAAAAAGUACUGACGUGGAGAAGGAGAUGAAAGACACGUUGAGCAAGUUCGAUGAGUGUAAAGGAUAUGAGAUUGAUGGCUCACGUGCCAAGUAUUAUUAUUUAAAGGGAAAAGCCCUGAACGUAGUGGACCGUUUCAUUCCGCAGGCGGAAGAACUUUUGAGUAAAGCAGUGAAAUUGGAGCCAAAAUUAAUAGAAGCUUGGAACGAAUUGGGAGAGUGUUAUUGGAAAAAUGACGACAUAAAGCAAGCAAAAAACUGUUUUGUUGGCGCUCUGCAACAUGAUAGGAAUAAAGCAUCUUUGCGAAAUCUGUCCAUGGUGUUUAGACAGGAACAAACAUCAUCCCUUGAAGAGAGAAUAAACAAUAUUAAACAAGGAGUGGAAUAUGCUAAGGAGGCUGUAAGUCUUGACACGAGUGACGGACUGUCCUGGGCCAUAUUAGGGAAUGCUUAUCUGUCUUUCUUUUUUACGGUGGCGCAAAGUCCAAGUACAUUACGUUUGUGCAUGUCGGCAUAUAUCCAAGCGGAAAAAGAUAUCAUUGCAAGAAGUAACCCCGAUUUGUUUUAUAACAAAGCAAUAGCUCUAAAAUAUGAAGAAGAAUAUAACUUAGCCUUACAAUCGUUUGAAAAUGCAAUGGCGCUCGAUCCGCUGUGGGAAACACCGCGUAACAAACGCGAUGAAUUGCUACAAUAUCUUAAAGACAUACAAAAUUCAAUUAAUAAUAAUGGAUACGUAAAACCGAAACGAUUAUAUCAAAUGAUACGGGCAUUGGAUAUUAAACACUUAGGACCAUACAAGGAUGGAGCGUAUACGUAUGGCGGAAAAUCUGUAAAGUUAGAUUUAAUUCCAUUACGGGAAUUAAGUCUUGGAUUGAACACAGAAAAAGUCGUCUUUGGAAAAGUAGUCUGUUGGAUUCAAGACUCGGAUUGCGUCCCAUUUGCUUUUUGUCUCGUGGAUGAACAGAAGACGUGUAUUGUUGUUACUGUAUAUAAUCUAGCGAAAGGCCGAGGAGUCACGAUCGGGGAUUCUGUUGGUAUACCAGAACCGUUUGUUACACAUCAGAAAUUUUCCUACAUGAAUAAUGAUUUUGAUUACAAAUCUAUUCGCGUUGAAACUCCAAUUGUACUUGUAGUUAAUGGGAGAAAACUAGGUCGUGAACAACAAGCCGGCGCAAAUUUGCAAACUUUUAAAAAGACAGAUUAAAUCUGUUGAGCGAGCAUUGAAUUAUGUCCUCAGUUAUACUCACUUAUGAAUAAUUUUCAAUCUUAUGAUUAUUUUCUAAUAGUAAUAUUUUAAUAACGAUUAUACUAAAUAUACUCAUCAGAGUAUAUUUAAGGUUUGUGCGAUAUUACACGAAUUUAAAACAAAUAUAUUUUGAAACGUUACAUGCCAACAUGUGUUGGGAAUAAUCAAAAAGAAUAAGCAAAAAUAUAUGCUACGUUACAUGAAUUUCGUAUUUUAUAAUAAUGUAUGAGAAAAUAUUCACAUAUACAUCUGAGCUGCCACAUUUAUAAAAUCUGAAGAGAAAAAAUAAUAUAUAUUUUUCUUUCAUUAUAAUGAUAAUUAUGAAGUGCAAGCAGGAUUUGCAGAAGCAAAGUAACAUAUCUGCCAAUUGAUAAAGUCAUACAACUUUGCCUGUUAUUAACUUAGUAAUUUACUUAAAUUCACGACUGAAGUAGAAAUAUAAUAUUUUUUAUUUUCUAUUUUAUAUUGUAAGCAUAUUUUAGUUUUUCCUCUAUUGUCAAAUGUUAAAACAUUUUAGAACUAUCUUGCUUAUCUCCGCGGAUUAGCGAGUUCGAUGGGUUCUCAUUGUUUUACUGUGAAAAUAUCAAAUCUAUUAUGAUGAUCCUUGGUCUUUGAAUUUUGCUCCACCUGGGUUAAAGUAUAGACUUUUAAAGUAUAGACUUGCAAAGGAUUUCAGCGUCAAAAGCAGUUGAACUUUACGAACUAUAUUUGAUCUCUUAUGAAUAUAUCUUUGAUAUAUUUAUUUGCUCUAUAAAAUCAUAAUAUCUUGCGUUUAAUAAUAAUUUAUCACACGAUACAUUUAAAUUAUAUUAAAAGAAAUAGCAAAGUAGAAAAUGCAAAAACAAUUUUGUUAUAAAUUUUAUAGUUAUAUAAAAUAUUUUUAUCGAUAUUAGUAUAUUAGAAAAUCCAAUUUAGUAUCAUAUGAUUGUCAUAGUGCCGAUAUUUUUUAUUAUAUUACUGAUUAUAUUGUUUGUUCCAAUCUGUAAAUUAAAAUAUCAAAGCAGAAAAAGGAUUGAUGAAUAUACGUAUAUCAUGAUACGUAUAUCAUUUCGAAAGAAGAAGGGAGAAGAAAAAAAGAGAAGAAAAGUCAUUUGUACCCAAUCAACUGUGUUUGCAAUGCCAAUAGGUUGAUUUGUGUAUAAUAUAAAAUUUCCUAUAGUAUUGGUCCAUAAUCGCAAUAUAAAUUCAUUUGCGAAUACGUCGUCUUUUAACAACUUAUAUGGAGAAAUGUAUAAGAAAAAACAUUCUCUGGUUUUAUAAAAAAAAAAAUAAAAAAAAAAACAGAACUUA